GGGGCUUUACUUCGCCGGAAGUGGACAUGAAAAAUUUUCCAUCAGUCACUGCGCCUCGCUGGAGCGUAAAAAAAUGGAGCUCGAAUAGGGAUUUAUAUAUUUAUAAUCAUUAUUAUAAGAGAUGGGAUAGUAUUAAUACGCAAUAAUUUUACAUUUUAUCUAAUCAAUAAGUCCUUAGCUUUAUAUAGUAAUCUGUAAAAAUGCACAAGUUUAAUUUACAAGAUGUACAGAUAAAUUAUUGUUGUGCAUUUUUACAGAUUACUAUAUAAAGCUAAGGAUUUAUAUAGUUAUAAAAUAGUAUACAGUUAUAUGAGUUUUUAAUAGGGUUAGGGUUACGCAUUUUAUAAUAAUAUCAGUUUUUCGCAGUGUCAAAUUUCCACAAUCAGCAGCAACAGGUAUCCGAGGUGCUUAUGUGUUACCAUGGUAACUCACAGAGGAAGUGACGUCCGCAAUUGUGAGGUUGCAGGGUGUUCCAAAUGGUAUAUUUUAUUCGAGGUUAAUUUCUUAGUAGGGAGCAACCUUUAAACUACACUGUGGAACACAGCUCUUCUUUACGUUAUUGUUGUUGUUGUUGGUGGUCUACUUCUUCUUCUUCUGUAUUUUUUUUUUUUUUUUGGGCGUAUUACUGCCCUCAGCAGGACAAACUUUUCCUUGAAAAAAGACACAGGUGUAGAUCGCAGUAAACGACCGACAGGAUGCCGACGUGUCUGACUCUGGAGACGCAGAUUUCCUCCGUGAUGGAGGGUCUGACCCGAGCGGCGGUGGCGGAGAUCUGUAAACUGAUCAACAGCGAGUGUGUGGAGAUGCGCUUAGAGAUCCGCAGGGGCCGGAAAGAGAUCGAAGCCCUGAAGGGGAAAAUCCGGGACCUGAAGCGAGAAGCGCAGGAUCCUUCAGUCAACGCGGUGUCUUUAAUCGGGGCUCAGGAGAAUCGGCUGGAUGAAGAUACCAGAAUUGAUGAUCUCAGCACAGCGUCUGAUUAUCAGAAUGAAGAACGCAUUAAGAAAACAAAUACUCCAGCACCAGGGAAGAACUUGCAGGAGAAGGAUGCCCAAGAAAGCAGGAAUUUUCAUUCAAACUCUGGAUGUAAACAGAGCCAGACGACUGUGUUUUCCUCAUAUGAAAGCAGGCGUCCGUUGAAGGAGUCCCACGUCCUUAUAGACUCGUUGACCACUGAUGCUCCAGUCAACAUUAAAGGACUCAACACUGCGGCUAUAAAGGUGGAGGGUGCGAGUACACCUGAGUCUACAGCUGAGUGUGUGACGGAGAUCUUUCAAGCUGAACAUAAGCAAUGUACAAACGCACACAGCCAAACAGCAGGAGACAACAGUAAUCGAUUUGGCUCUACAGAAGAGCUUUGGCCACAAUCUCAUUAUUCAGCACAUUUCCAUAACAAACAUCCCUCUGAGGAAGAAUCCAUCUACAAAUACGAGACAGACUUUAAUCACAUAAAUGGAAAUAGGAGCAAUGAAGGCAACCCUAAUGGCUUGCUUCUAAAGACGGAGGAGAACGAGGAGCCUUUAACCAAGACAACUACCAAUGAACUGGCAGCAUGUGGAAUGAUGGACACAGAGGCUUUGUCGUGGCCGUCUUUGAGCUUAGUGAACUUUCCGGGAAGUGGUGGAAGUCCAGGAUGCUCUUCUAUGCUACAACAGGCUGUACACGCUUCCCACCCUGAACACCCCACGUUUCCCCUCGGUGUGACCGGUGAGAUCGAGUAUACGAUUGAGCCUGAAGCAAAACAGACAGGAGGAAGAACUAUACAGCACAUGAUUCAAGCCACAGCCCUUAGCCAGAACUCAGUGUCCACGAUGCUGACGAAUGCGAAGGUUCUGCCCAUAGCUGACAUGCGGCAUAAGGUGUUCUCCUGCUCUUUCUGUCCUAAGAGUUUCCAGAGUGGUGCUGAUCUGAAGAGACAUCAGCGCAUUCACACAGGCGAGAAGCCAUAUGGUUGUGCCGUGUGCGGGAAGCGCUUCUCCCUCAGGGGGAACCUCGUCACCCACGAGAGGGCGCACAGUGGCAGCAAGCCAUUCAUUUGCCGCCAGUGUGGGAGAGCCUUUGCCCAUGGCUCCAAUUUAAGGGCCCAUCAACGUGUCCAUACUGGAGAAAAGCCUUUUCAUUGCUCUUUAUGUGACAAGACGUUUGCUUGGUACUACCCCUUCAAAAAACACCUCAGCUUGCACUUUAUGACUGGUCAAAACUCCUGAUUACAUUACUGUUUACAUAAGUCACAUCCUCAAGGCCUUGUUUGUCUUGAAAACCGUUACAGGAUUUCAAAUUAAAAUGGGAACUUAGUACUGUCUGUACAUGUAUGACUGUGGUUGUGUUUAAAUUUUUUAUUCUGCUUUCAACAGGAAAUGGGAAGCCCAGAUCAUAUGCGAUGAAAGCACUAGAAUAAGUGUCUUUGUUUGUUAAAAAACACAAUAUAAUAAAUUGAUUGAACACAAUGAGUAAUAAACCUAGUUAAAAGAUG